AUGCCAAACAUUCCUCCGCUACAAUGCGUUGAAUGUUAUAAAAAUUCGAUUACCUUUACAGCAAAAGAUAAAAAGGGCCUUACUACACAUCUUCGGUUAAAACAUCCUAAUGAAUACGAAGAUUCUAAAAAGGUUGCAAAUAUUCGUAUAGGUUGGAGUAAUGACGAGGAUAAGAUCUUGGCCAAUCUGGAAAUUUCACUGAAAGCAGUACAGAAGGGUCAAAUUCUCGAUCGUCUUACUGAAGAAUGGAAUAAAAUCGCUGCCGCGUCUCAUGCAAAUCUUCGUUCGAAAGAUGCUAUUCGAGGUCGCAGGCAACAACCAGAAUAUAAAGCCAUUCUCGCCGACCUAAAAAGCAACCUUAAUAAUCAAGGUCCUGAUAUAACUGAUUCUUUACCGAUCGUAAUAGAACCAGUUUCCUCUAUGGAUACUGUAACUGAAAGUGAUGACGUAAUUUCUGUACAAAACCUGAUGAAAGAAAUAUUAACUUUACAUCAGAAUACACUAUCAAAGUACAUGAAAGAUGCUAUUAAUGCUUUCGUAAAUCACAAUGAAACAGAAGAUCCGGUGAAACUAACUAUGUUAGGAAUUCACCAAUCUAUAAAUGAGUAUCGAGAAAAACAUACUGUAAACCCACAGUUCAAAAGAACUAGUUUUAUAUCAAGGAAAAAGCCUGCUCGUAGUAAGACCAGACUUGAAAAAGCUAAGAAACGGGCUUAUUAUAUGAAUUUAUACAUGCAUAAUAAGCCUCGAUUAUUAGAAGAAUUAAUGGACGGUGUUACACCUAACACCGAUCCACCACCUAUUCAUGAAGCUAUUAAGCAUUAUGAAAAGAUUUGGUCUACAGAUGUGAAAGAUACACAAUCAGUAGAUCAAAUACCCGAUGUCGAUAUCAAUAAUAAAAUAUUGUUGUCACCGAUAACAAAAUUAGAUAUCGAAUGGGCAAUAAAGAAAACUAAGAAAGAUACAGCUAUAGGUAUCGAUCUUAUAUCGCUUCAUGAAGCUAAAAUAAUGGCAUCAGAGGAGUUAUAUAUAGCAUUUAAUAUUUGGUUGGGUUGCAAGAGGAUUCCAUCUGACCUCAAACUCAAUCGAACUACUCUGAUUCCGAAAACGAAUCGAGAUCUCCAUAAAAUAACUAACUGGAGACCGAUCACAAUAUCGUCAAUUCUUCUACGGCUUUUCAAUAAAAUUAUUGGUCAUAGGUUGAGUAGGUUAUUUCAAAUUGAUAAACGUCAAAUGGGUUUUAGAGAAAUAAAUGGAUGUAGUUUCAAUAUUCUAUGGCUACACCAUUUACUUAAAAAUGCUCGACUCAAUAAAAGAGAACUAUAUGUAUGUUUCAUUGACGUAGCCAAAGCAUUUGAUUCCAUCCCACACGAAUCUAUCUAUAGGGCUUUAUAUCGAUAUAGAGCUCCUUCAGCCUUCAUUGAUUUGGUGCGUAAUCAAUAUACCGAUAGUUAUACAACAUUAAGUUAUAAAAACUUAAAUUCUAAAAAAAUUCAAAUUUCGAGAGGUGUUAAACAAGGUGAUUCUCUUUCGCCUAUAUUGUUUAACCUAGUACUCGAUGAAUUACUCGGUAUAUUAAAAGACGAAUUUGGGUAUAAUAUUCGAGAUAUUGGAUCCAGUAAUAUAAAAUGUUUUGCCGAUGACAUAUGUCUUAUUUCUGGUUCUCGAAUCGGAAUGGGAGAAAUGUUGUCCAAAACAAUAAAAUUCCUAGAACAGCGUGGCCUCGAAGUAAAUGCUAAUAAAUGUAUGUCAAUAGGCCUACAGAAAGCUUAUAAAGGUAAAAAAAGCAAAAUUACCACCGAAGUAGCAUUUAAUAUUAACGGUACACCAGUACCGAUCUUAGGUCAUGUUGAAAAUUAUGUAAAAUAUCUAGGAAUUUAUUUCACGUCUAUUGGAUCAAUCAAUAUUAAUGCUACAAAGCAAAAAAUACAAGAUAUCUUGAGCAAGGUAUGUUCGAUAUCUUUAAAACCGCAUCAAAAAAUUAAUUUGAUUCGGUCUCAUAUUAUACCUCUAUUCAUCUAUCAAUUAAUCAAUCUUGAAGUCUAUCCGAAAUUAUUAAAACAGAUUGAUAUAAUCAUAAGACGUACCAUUAGAUCUAUACUUCAUUUAACACGUAGUUUAAGUAUAGAAUUCUUUUAUCUUCCGAUACGUGAAGGUGGUCUACAAAUUCCUGUGUUAAGAGAUAUUGUGGGUCUAGCAAAAGUUAGGAUCUACAAGAAUAUCAUGAGAUCCGACGAUACUUUCCUUAAAUAUCUUAUGGAAACACAAGGAUUCCACCUCAUAUAUAAAUAUAUGAACGAUCUAAAACUUGAUAGUUCCUACGAAUCGGAUGAUCUUAAACAAAAGAAGGUUGAAUUGAUGAAAGAUAGACGUGUAUCUUACAGUAAUAAAGUUCAUGGAUAUGGGUUUGAGAUUUUCUCCACAUGUCCUAUAACUAAUCGUUGGUUGGAUGGUGAAACAAGGACCAUGACUGGUCGAACAUAUAUAAAUAGCAUUAAAUUACGUACAAAUUCACUUGCAACUAAAGUUACGUUAAAUAGAGGACUUGAUGUAGAUAAAACUUGUAGGAAAUGCAAAUUACAACCAGAAAGUAUCAUGCACGUACUACAGUUUUGUAAAAAUAUGAAAGGGUUAAUAUAUGAACGUCAUAAUCGUAUCUGCUCUCGGGUCGUGAAUAAAUUAAAAGAAAGAGGGUAUAUGGUACUUGUAGAGAAAGCCUACACAGUGAGUACCAAUGAUUUUCGGAUAUUGCGUCCAGACAUCAUUGCAAUUAAGGAAGAUCACGGAUAUAUACUCGAUGUACAAUGUGUAUACGAGUCAUCUGGCGCAUCGUUUAUAUUUGCUGAAAAUCACAAGAAAGAAAAAUAUACACCUCUAAUAGAAAUAAUUAAAAAUGAAUUUAAUUGUCCAAAUGUAAAGAUCCUUAUAUUAACAGUAGGCUCUCGUGGAUCUUUUUAUCAUAAACAUUUGUACUGCUGGUAUGAAUUGGGUUUCACAACAUCGGAACUUCGAUUCGUUGCAAUUAGCUGUAUGGAGAACAGCUUGAGGAUAAUGUCAACAUUUCAUAGAAGUUUAACAUUUGACAAUUCUAGAGACAAUAGUAGUGACUUAUAA